AUGAAAUGUAUCGCCAUGCGCAAGAACCGAUCUGGACCAAGUUGCCAACCUUCGGAUUGGGGCGCUGAGGCCACAGGAGGUGGGGAGGUGUGGGAAAAAGUGGAAAAACCCGAAGAAAGGGGCACUAUUGCCCGAUUAAGUGUGGAAACGAGUGUGACGGUUGCGAGUCUCUGCCGGCAUUCGAAGGCCCAGUCGCCACGACAAGAGCGGCUGCUGGGCCUGUUUCCCUGGCCUGACGAUACAGAAUUGGCUGAUCAGAACGAGAGCUCUCGCCGUCGAUAUGGAGCGGACCGAAUUUCGAUGCUCUGA